AUUGUGUAUACACAAAAGCAGAAAAGAAGAGCCCGAACUUCUUAUAAACUGCCAUUUAAAUUAGGCUUGUAACAAUUAAAUAUGGUUAUGGUGGAGGAAAUUACAACCGACACUACCUAAGUUUAUUAAGCCAAAACCAAGCUGCCUUCCCACUUCCUCAUCUGCGCAAAGCAUACAUAUGCCGAUGCUUCUAGUUCUUUUCUCUUAAUUUCUUCGUUUUCAAUGAUAUAGAUCAGGGAGAGGGAGAGGGAGGAGAUCUCAGCAGGUCUGGCGGUGGCCGGAAUAACAGAAGAAUCGUUGAAGGAGGAGGAGAAAGAAAGACGAAGAUUAAAGUGAAGGAAAUUAGAAAAAUUCUAUGGAUUGGUGGCUUAAGGUGAUCUUCCCUGUUCGACGACUUUGGUUUGCUGUUUCUUCACGUGUUAAAGCUCGCAAAAGCGGGCUGUUGAAACUUCACGAUGAUGUACAAACUUGUGGGUACGAAGAUGUGCAGGUGAUGUGGGAAAUGCUGCGGAGAUCGGAAUCAGAGUUUAUGGCUGCUAACAAAAAUCUCAAGCGCAAGCAUCGUCCUACAUUCCGGAAAGUGUUGGUUUGGUCUUCUUCUACCCACACUUCUUCUUUCUCGUCAAAUCAUGCCUAACUUCACACCCUUGCUAUUAUAUAUUAUACUAAUAAAUAACAAUCAUAAUGUGUUCCUAUUCUCCUUCAACAGCGACAUGCACGCAUACUUCACAUCAGUGGGAUGCUUCCUAUUAUAUAAUAUAAUAAAUAACAAUCAUGAUGUGUUCAUAUCUCCAACUCAGACAUUCACGUCUUACUUUUUCAACAUAUAUUAUUUUUUUUGGGUUUCA